AUGGCGCUUUUAUGGAAAAAGAAUAAUACGGUAAGACUAUUAAGCUACUCGCAGAGUCAUAUUGAUGUGGAAGUAAGCUUGUUUAAUAAGUUAUGGCGCAUGACAUGUAUCUAUGGGAUCCCCGAACGAAAUAGGCGGGAGGAGACAUGGGAUUUACUUGGCACUCUGAAGAAUAGAUCCUUGUUGCCCUGGGUGGUGAUAGGGGACUUUAAUAAUCUCCUAUAUCACCAUGAGAAGAAGGGGAGAAAUCCGUAUCCUAAUAGCCUGUUACGGGGUUUCGGAGAUGCUGUGGAUGACUGUGGUUUGUUGCAAAUGCCAAUGAGAGGCCACCAGUUUACGUGGCAAAAGGGAAAGGGGACGCCGAAUUGGAUAGAGGAAAGGUUGGACAAGGCUCUAAUAACGAAUGAUUGGGGUCUGAUGAAUGAGAAUGCAUGGGUGCAAAGAAGUAGUAGAAACGGCCUGGCAGGAGGGGAGAACAGAGGGAUUGCUGCAUUGUCAGCAGUUGUGUGGGGAGAAGUUAAUGCGGUGGGGGGAGACCAGUUUCAUAAAUUCGGAAAACGAAUUAAGCAGCUACAACAGAGGCAAGAUGCCAUACGGAAUAGGCGAGAUUUUGUGGCACUAGUUGAGUACCAACAGAUUGAGAAUUCCCUGAAACGAAUUGAGACCCAGGAGGAUGUGUUCUGGAGACAGCGAGCCAAGCAACACUGGCUACGUGGGGCAGACGCAAACACAAAAUUCAAUCACAGGUAUGCCUCUGCUCGUAGGAAAAAGAAUUUUAUUUCUAGUACUAAAUGUGAUGCUGGUAACUGGGUGGAGGGGGAUGAUAUGCAUUCCACUAUACUAAAUUACUUUGAGAAUAUUUUUGCCUCUAAUGGAUUGAGCUGUGAUGAUCCAAUAUUUGGGGUCCUAACCCCACGAGUCACCUUAGAACAAAAUAUGAUGCUAGACCGCCCUUUUGAAAUUGAUGAGGUUAAAGAGGCUCUUUUUUCAAUGUAUCCGGAUAAGGCACCGGGCCCGGAUGGGUUAAACCCGGGUUUCUACCCGCAGUUUUGGGAGAUAGUGGGAGGAGAAGUAUCUGGCUUUAUAACGAAUGCUUUGAAUUCCUGUGUAUUCCCCGAGGGAUUGAAUGAUACUAACAUUGUUUUGAUCCCUAAGAAAGAGAUGCUUGAGACAGUUGCAGAUUUAAGGCCGAUUGCAUUGAGUAAUGUCAUUUACAGAGUUAUGGCCAAGAUGAUAGCAAAUAGGAUGAAAACACUUAUGGGAGGAUUAAUAUCAGAAUCCCAGAGUGCUUUUAUCCCGGGAAGGCUAAUCACUGACAACAUCUUGGUGGCGGCAGAGGUGGGGCAUUAUCUGAAUAGGAAGCAAUGUGGUGUAGUGGGUUGGAGUGCAUUGAAGCCAGAUAUGUCAAAAGCCUAUGACAGAAUGGAGUGGAUCUUUCUAGAAAGGAUGCUGACUGUUAUGGGUUUUAGUGAGAAAGUUGCAAGGGGAGCACCGCCUGUAUCACAUCUAUUUUUUGCGGAUGAUAGUCUCCUAUUUUUUAAAGCAAAUGUCCAGGAGGCGGGAGUUAUAAGGCAGUGCCUUGCAAGGUAUGAGAAAUUGUCAGGACAGAUGGUGAACUAUAAUAAAUCUAAUAUAUGUUUUAGCAGAAAUACCCAGGAGGAUGACAGGGCACAGCUCUCAGAUUUGCUCGGGCCACUGCAAGGGAGGAGGUCCUCCUGCGUUGUUCUUCUUCAGAAUCCCGGUAAUUUGAUAAGGUAUUAUCCUACAACCAGUUUUACUGAUGCAACUAUUGGUAAUUGCCCAAGUUACUGUUGGAGAAGUAUAAUGGCAGCCCAUGCAAUGGUGAUCUCAGGAGUGCGAAGGAGAAUUGGGAAUGGACAGACAACUUUAAUAUGGGGGCAUCCGUGGUUACGAGAUAAUCCUAGCCCAUUGAUUCAAACAGAAAUGCCAGAGCAAUUGAGAGAGACACGGGUUGCAGGAUUAAUUGAUUUACAGACUCAUACCUGGGAUCCAUAUAUUUUAUCUGACUUGUUUAUUCCUGAGGAUGUGGAGCGAAUAAAUAUGAUCCCUAUUAGUCCUGAUUACCGAGGACUAUGGUAUUGGAUGAGUGACCCAAAGGGGACAUAUACAGUGAAGAAUGCCUAUAGGCAUAUUGUGGGUGACUAUGAAAAUAAUCCCGCGUUUUUUGAUAAAUGGGUUACAAUGUGGAAAGUAAAAGUCCCCCCAAAUGGAAAACUUUCUUGUGGAGAGCCUUGCCAACAACCAUUAACUUGA